ACGAAAGUUUUCCUCACUCAUUGAAGUCCACAUCGUGUAGCACGCUCAACGUUCUUGUCGAGUUUGUUUCAUUUCGUCGAAGAUAGUGUUUCAUUUUAUUUCGUUUGUGUUCAAACAUUUCUUAAGAAAAUAAGAAGAAUGGCCAGCAAACUCAGUUUAGAUGAUGAUCAAAUGUUUGCUUUAAUGAAGUUCAGACAAACAGUAAGAGACAUUUUACAACCACAUCAGAAUGAUCGGUACCUUUGUCGAUGGCUUAGAGCUCGUGAUUGGAAUGUUCCUGCCGCUGAAAAAAUGUUUAGAAACUCGAUGGAGUGGAGAAAACAGUGGGAAGUUGACACGACUUUAAAAACUUGGUUACCUCCAGAACCAAUUGCUUCAUGUUAUCCCAGCGGAGUAGUUGGUUUUGAUAAAGAUAAACAUCCAGUCAUUGUUAUACCAAUGGGAAAUUUGGAUAUAGUCGGUUACAUUAAUUCAACAAAUAAACAAGAUUUAAUUCGCUUAACGAUUAAAGUUUUGGAAGAAACUUUAGCGAUUGCCCAAAAGAACGGAAAAGCCGAAAUUGUGGCAAUUUUUGAUUUAGAAAAUAUUAAUAUUAGACAAUUUAUAUGGAAACCGGCAAUCGAAUUAAUUAUUAAUUUAUUACAAUUAUACGAAGCUAAUUAUCCUGAAAUAUUAAAAGUUUGUUAUAUUAUUAAUGCUCCUAAAGUAUUUGCUGUGGUUUACAAUAUGAUUAAAAAGGUGAUCAACGAAUAUACUCAACAGAAAAUUAGGAUUAUUUCUACGGAUUCGAAAAAAUGGCAACCUGCUCUUCAAGAAAAUAUCGAUGUAGAUGUUUUACCAAAACAUUACGGUGGAAAUGCAACCGGGCCUAAUGGAGAUCCUAAAUGCUCAAAUUUAGUUAGACCCGGUGCGAAAAUACCAAAAGAAUAUUACAAGAAAAAUUACUCCGUCAACACAACAGGAAAAGAUUUCGUAAAAGCUACAAUAAAAAGGGGAAAGAAAUUACCUUUACAUUAUAUGAUAAUCGAUGAAGGAUGUACUUUACAUUAUCGUUUUCACACGGAAGGUCACGACAUCCGUUUUGGAAUUACUUACGUUGAUGAAAAUGAAAAAGAACAUACUGUAGUUAAAAAUGAAAGAGCUACGUCGAGUAUGGUCGAUGUAACCGGUACUAUUCCGUGCCAAGCACCAGCUACAUAUACAGUGACUUUUGAUAACUCCUACAGUAUGUUUCGAAAUAAAGUUGUUAACUAUUCCAUUUAUGUAAGCGAACCAUGCCAAGAAGUUACUCUUGAUGAAGAUUGUGAUAAGAUUUGUAGUGCUGUAGAUAUAAUGACUGUUAAUUAACGUAAAAAAUUCACAAAGUUAAUUAAUUUAAUAAUAAUAAUUUUGUUAAUUAGUUUUUGUAAUGAAAGGUGAAAUGGGAUAAAUGAAAUAAGCUCUCUAAUUUACUUUUUAAGUAUUUAAACCAAAGCAUUUUUAACACUUUCAUAUUUUGAAAUUACGUUUUAAAACAUUCUACUUAACAUAAUAUAUGUAAUGUUUAUGUACAGGUGUUUUAAAAGAUGGGAUAAAAAACUGUUUUAGAAAUUUAAAAAUUAUAAACAUUCUGUAUCAAUGUUUUUGUUAUGAUAGUUUUAGAGUAAUAUAAUGGUGAAAUAAAAAAUAUUGUGAUAAAAAAUCUAUUUAUUAUUAUGUAGGUGUAAAAUAAGGUAAAUAAAUUUUUA